UUUGUUUUCUUAAUCCAACUUGUUGAUCUACAAUUUAAACUUAGAUUAAUUAGUGGAUUAAUUGGUUCGAUUAAGUAUUUUAUUUUUAAUCCAUUUUGUUUUAUUGUGAGUGUCAACCUUUUUCUGUCAAUUCAAUGGAUCUUCUUGCAUCUAUGUGUCCUUUUGAAGACAGUGAACAAUUAAUUGAAGAGACUCCAAAUUCAGUUGAUCUAAAUAUUAAUUCAAAUAAUAAAUCAUCUGGUUUUGCUAAAGAAAAACUUGCAACAUUCUUAAGAAUCCGUCCAUUGGAUAAUUUGACAAUUGAUGAGACACCUUACAAGAUUAUCAGUUCUAAUAAAAUUUAUAUCGAUGAGAAAAUCUUAUCUACAAAUAACUCAUUGAAGAAUUCAAAUCCCUCUAAAAAAGUGUACAGUUUUACUGAGAUUUUAGAUGAAUCAGCAACUCAAAUUAAUGUUUUCUCCAAAUGCUGUUUACCUUUGGUUGAAGAUGUUCUCAAUGGAACAAAUGGUUUUCUCUUUUGCUAUGGGACAACUUCCAGUGGAAAAUCGUUCACCAUGAGAGGACCUCACGAAGAUCCAACAAUCGAUCCUGGUUUGAUUCCAUUGUCUUUACAGAAAAUCUUCUCUUCCCGUAAAUUUAUCGAUGAACCUCUAAUUGCCAAAUCAAAGUUCUGUGAUAUUACCCUGGUUGACCAAAAAGUACAAGAUCUUGAGAAACAAUUUAAAGAUUCAAUCCUUGCCAGUCCAUGUUGUCGUAAUGUGACAUCUUUCGAUAACUAUAAUAAUAACAUCAUUUUUAAUGAGGAUGGUUAUCAGUAUAUUUGUUAUCUAUCGUAUUUUGAAAUUUACAAUGAAUUUAUUUACGAUUUAUUGAAUUCUUCUUCUGGAGGUCGAGGCACAGCCUUAACUUUAUUUGCCGAUGAAAAGCGUUAUUAUGUUAAAGAUUUAAGAUCAGUUAUGGUUUCAUCACUUUCGGAAGCUUUAAAAAUCUAUUCGUUUGGAUGGACCAAUUUACAGAGAAACAUUCAAGAGACUGGAUUGAACAAAAACUCUAGUAGAAGUCACUCAUUUCUAUGUAUCACUCUGAUUAAAUUCAAGGAAGACGAGGGCAAAUUAUUAGACUAUCAUGUCUCACAUUUGACCCUUGGUGAUCUCGCUGGAUCGGAGAGACAAAACAAAACUCAUUCUGAGGGAGUAAGAGCCAAGGAAGGUUGUAACAUCAAUGUAUCUCUCAUGCAUCUGAAAGAUUGUAUCAAUCAAACAAAACUGAACCAGAAAAAUCCAAAUCGUAACUUCAUAGUCCCUUUUCGUAAUUCGAAUUUAACAAAAUUCUUCCAGCCCUAUCUUACUGGUAACGGUAAAGUUUGGAUGAUAAUCAACAUAAAUCCUUCGCCAGUUUUGUUGAAAGAAACCUGUGGAUCACUCGACCUUGGAGAAGCGGCAGCAAACAUUUCUACACACUCUUAUUAUCAAUUGAAAUUGGAAGAGUCUAAAAGACGAAUGACCCAAAUAUGGUUACAAUCAUCUCAUAGAUGGUCUUCAUUUGUUACCAGUAAAAUUCCUAAAGUUGUUAUCGAAGAAAAUUCUGGUAUUGAUCUAAAAGAUGGAGAAGAUCAACCAGAUUUCGCCGCUGAAAUGAUGGAAAUGGAAGGUCGAGUUCGUAGUGAAGUUAUUUCAGAAUUUGAAGAGCUGAUAGCUGAACUUACAAAGGAACAUGAACAAGAUGUUCAACGAAUUCGUGACCUUUAUGAGAAAACAAUGGAGUCCAAAUUAGAGGUCUCAGAAAAGAAAUAUUCAUCAAUCAUCAAUAAUCUUCAAGUCAAAAUUGAUCAAUUAACCAAUGAACUGUUUGAUGCUCGAGAAUCAAUUGUCAACCUUGAGGAAAAGAUGGCGCUUCAAUUAGAAGAGGCUGAAAAAGAAGCCCAAUCCAAAUUAGAAGCCAUUUCCAAGCCAAUCGUUUUAAACAUCGAACAAGCAGUUCAAACUGAGUAUAAGUAUGUGCCGUUGAAUGCAUAUGAAGAGCUUAAGGAAUCGUAUGAGAAUAUAAUCGUUGAGAUGAAGAGGGAAAGUGAAUUGAAUUUGCAACAAAUUCGUGAAGAUCUCACAAGACCAAUUAUUCAACAAAAUGAUCAAGAAAUCCAAACUCAAGAUGAAUUUGUUCCUUUACAUGAGUAUGAAGAGCUCAAAGAAUCGUACGAGAAAAAAAUCAUUCAAAUUCAAGAUGAAAAUGAAUUGAAUCUGCGAAAAGUUCGUGACGAAAUAACAACUAAGUCAUUAAUCAUCACACAACAACAAGAAUGUCAAACUGAAGAUAAAUUUGUUCCCGUAAAUGAGUAUGAAGAGUUAAAGGAAACCUACGAGAAAAAAAUGAUCCAAAUCCAAACUCAAGCCGAUUUAAAUCUAGAAAAAGUUCGCCAAGAAUUUACUAAGUCAAUAAUUAUCACUCAAAAUCAAGAAUGUCAAACCACUGAUUUAGAACCCAUCGUCCAGGUCGAGGAAAAGAUCAAUAAUAUAGAAUUAGCUGAGAAAGAACUCGAAACCAAGUUGGAAAAUCUCCGUGAAGAACUCAAAUCAUCAUAUGAGCAGAAAAUAAGUAACAUUCAAGCUCAACAUGAAGUAUCGAUCAAAACGCUUCGCCAAGAGUUGACCAAACCCGCAACUGUCACCAAACAUCAAGAUUGUCCGACGAGUGAUCAAGUUUUCCCUCCAGAUGAACCAGAAGAAACUCCAAUAUCCCAACCGAUCACUUUAAAUACUUUUACAAAUGUACAGAAAAAUUCUCGAGAAAUCACGAUCGAUGCAAAUUACUUCCCAGUUUCCGAAGCAGCAAAAAAGAAACGAAAAGAAGAUGCUGCCGAAUCUCCAUCAACCGAAGUAGUAAACGAAUAUUUGAAAAGAUUCUGUUCAGCAAGUACAACCAAAAAAUCAGUGAAAAAAUCAGCCAAGAAACCACCCAAGAAAAGCAUGCCCGUGGUUAUCCAAAAAUCAGAGGAUAAUGUUGAAGAAGAUGAAUUGGCAAGUCUUUUACUGUCGAAAAAGAAAGAUCGAAAAAAGAAAAGCACUGAAGAAGAAUCGGCAAUUAAAAUUCCCACAAAGAGGAAAAAGAUUCCAGUUACCGAUGCGUUUCUCGAGACAACAUCUCCUCACUUCGAAGACGAACAAGAACAAAAUAUCAAAGGAGGAAGAGUAUUAAGACCAAGACGAAAGAUAAAAUUUUAAAUAUUCUAAAGUUUUUAAUGUUUGAAAAACAUUUUUUAUUCUCUAUUAUCAUCAAUAAUCAUCAUCAUCUUUGUAAUUUUCUAACCCAUCAGAGCACAAAAUAAAUUUGAUGAAUUGUUUUGCUUGA